AUGGAUGAGGUGUUUUGCUCGCUCCGGCGGGCUGUGGAGCAGCAGGCGCAGCUGCUGUGCCGGAGCCCCCGCCAGCCCGCCCGACCUAGCGGGAGAGAGGAGCCGCAUCCGAGGAUCGGCCCUGGAGGACGAAGGCUGCUGGUUGGGGCACCCCAAGAUGUGGACACGGAGAAUAGCACGCGGACGGGCGCCGUCUACUCCUGCCCCCUCACCGCCUCCAAAAGCGACUGCCAGAGGCUCGAUAUUGAGUUGACAAGUGAGCCGGACAAGUACAUCAUCGAGGACAUGUGGCUGGGAGUGACGGUGGCCAGCCAGCGGCAGCCAGCUGGGAGGGUGCUGGCCUGCGCUCACCGCUACACGAAGGUGCUGUGGUCGGGCAGCGAGGACCAGCGGCGCAUGGUGGGCAAGUGCUACGUGCGGGGCAAUGACCUGCGCCUCAACAUCAGCGACGAGUGGCAAACCUACCACAACGAGAUGUGCAACUCCAACACGGACGCCGAGGAGACGGGCAUGUGCCAGAUGGGCACCAGCGCCGGCUUCACCGCCAACAUCAUCUACUUUGGGGCGCCUGGCGCCUACAACUGGCAAGGUACCAACUACAUGCUGCAGCGGGAGAUGUGGGACCUGCACGACUUCUCCUACCCCAACAAAAAGAACGGCAACACCUACAUAGGGUACACGGUGGAGAUGGGCAGCGCCGUGCUGCAGCAGGAUGCGGUGACCGUGGUGUCGGGCGCUCCCCGGUACCAGCACACGGGCGCUGUGUAUCUGCUGAGCCGCAGCCCCCAGCACACCCUGGAGAAGAGCCUGUUGCUCCGCGGCCACCAGGUCGGCUCCUACUUUGGCAGCGCUGUGGCCCUGGCAGACCUCAACAACGACGGGUGGCAGGACCUGGUGGUGGGAGCCCCCUACUACUUCAAGCGGAAGCAGGAGGUAGGGGGUGCCGUGUACGUGUACAUGAAUGAGGUGGGGGGCUUCCGACCCGAGCCCAGCCUGAUGCUCACCGGCCCCAGCUACUCUGCCUUUGGCUUCGCCGUGGCCAGCAUCGGGGAUAUCAACCAGGAUGGCUUCCAGGACAUUGCUGUAGGGGCUCCUUUUGAGGGGCCCGGCAAGGUCUACAUCUACCACAGCAGUGCAGAAGGACUCAUGGACAAACCCCGGCAGGUGAUCAGCGGCUCAGAUCUGGGUCCUGCCAGCAUGCGAACCUUUGGGUACUCGCUUAGCGGGGGGCUGGAUGUGGACAGUAACUCCUACCCUGACCUCUUGGUGGGCAGCUUGGCAGAGAGGAUUGCACUGCUCAGAGCUCGCCCUGUGAUCAACAUCCUGAACAAGACCUUGACGGUGAACCCCAGCAAGGUGGACCCUGCCCGGUGCACCCCUGACUCCUGUAUCAAGGUGACUGUGUGCUUCUCCUACAACCAGAGUGCCGGUGACCCCAAGUACAAGGAGAAGAUCGCCCUGGAGUACACGUUGGAGGCUGACAAGGACCGGCACCCACCCAGGGUGAGGUUUGAGGGGACGAACUCUGCCACCUACCGUGAUGUCUUACAAAUACUUGACACCAACUGCAGUACCAAAGAUCUCCUGCUGGUGGAGAACAUCCGGGACAAGCUACACCCCAUCGUGCUCUCCAUGAACUACUCACUGGUGGAGAGACCCAGGACCUUCCAGCUGGGCCUCCACUCCCUCAACGCCUUCCCCGUCCUCAAUGAGGACCAGUCCCACGAGAACGAGACCAAGAUUGAGUUCCAGAAGGAAUGUGGUGUGGACAACAAGUGCUACAGCAACCUCCAGCUCCAGAGUGGCUUUGUCACUGACCAGAACCAGUCCCUGCCCAGGCUGAACGGGACCCAGGUGCUGCAGUACAGCCGGGACAUGCGGAAGCUGUACCUGAGCGUGAACAUAACCAACAUGCCCACCACGGCCUUCAACGGCGAAGAUGCCCACGAGGCCCUGCUCAACAUCACAGUGCCUGCAACCCUGCUACCCUCUUCUGUCCGCCCGAGUGGGGCCUGUACCUUUGCGGAGACAGUGCUGUGUGAGCUGGGCAACCCGUUCAAGAGGAACCAGAGGGCAGAGCUGAUCAUCACCUUUGAGGCCAUUGGGAUCACGCUGGACACGCGGGAGGUCUUAGUGUGGCUGGACUUGUCCACGCAAAGCAUCCAGGAGGACCUGCAGCCCGUGCUGGCCAAGCUGCUGGUGGAUUAUAACAUCCAGUCGUCGCUGACCAUAGCCUCCUCCCAUGUCCAGUCGCACUUCAGCGGGACAGUAGUGGGCGAGUCGGCCAUGCAGAGAGAGCAGGACGUGGGCAGCGCCCUUGCCUUUGACUUUCAGGUGACCACCAAGGGAGAGUCGCUGGGUGCCCUGGGCACCAUCCUGCUCGGCUUCGAGUGGCCCUACGAGAUCCCCAAUGGCAAAUGGCUCCUUUACCCCACGGAGAUCCUCGUCAACAACAACGAGACCUGCCAGCCCCCCGGGGGAGUGAUUAACCCCCUCAACCUCACUCUCCUGGAGGACAAGACCCUGUCCCGGCAGAGACGGGAGCUGGACAGGUCGCAGCCGGUGGAGCCCCCCAUCACCCUGGCCACUGCCAAGAAGGCCAAGUCAGAAGUGGUGCUGAGCUGCUCCAAGGGCACAGCCCACUGCAUCUGGUUCGAAUGCCCCGUCCACGACACCCAGCACCCCACCACCUUCAGCAUCCACGCCCGCGUGUGGAACAGCACCUUCAUCGAGGAGUUCAGCGAUUUUGACCGGGUGAAGGUGGAUGGCACAGCGACACUGUUCCUCCGGACCCACGUCCCCACCAUCAACAUGAGGAACCACACAGUGCGGUUCUCCGUGGACAUCGACUCGGAGCUGACGGAGGAGCAGCCAGCCGAGAUCGCGCUGUGGUUAGUGCUGGUGUCUGUGGCGGCCGGGCUGCUGCUGCUAGGGCUGAUCAUCCUCCUGUUGUGGAAGUGCGGUUUCUUCCGGCGGGCCAACACGCGGGCCAUGUACGAAGCCAAGGGCCAGAAGGCAGAAAUGAAGAUCCAGCCGUCUGAAACGGAGCGGCUGACGGACGACUCCUAGCUGGGGGCAGCCCCGUGGCCCCCGAGCGCCCACUUCACCCGCUUGGUAAUGCCCCGGACCCUCGCUCCCUGCGUCCUGCUGGGCCGCAGCAGGACCCUUCUCCCCUCCAGCCUCCUCCGCUCUCCCUUCGCUGCUCCAUCCCUCCCUGCCCGUGCCGGGCUCUGUAGGGCCCCCACAGGGGUGCAGGGUCUCCAUGUGCAUCUCCCUCGAGCUGCUGCAGGACUGUUGUUCCUUUCCAUCUUUGAGGCCGCAGGCUUUGCUGGCCUCUGCCCCCCGUGAGAGCCUUGGAGCGGCUGGGAUGGAGGCAGCAGACAGCCUCCUCGAGG